GGCCCGCCAUACCUCUUUAAGCGCCUCCACAGGACGAAUAUGAUUGAGUACCCUCGGACCGAUCCACCAUGUUAUCGAGAUUCCAUUAAAAAUGGCAGCGGAAAGGAAUCAACACUAUCACCAGAAAUGUUAUUCUCAUCGGAGGGUGGAUACAUAAUUUCCUGUCUUGAGAAUUUUCCACAGAACGUAAAGGGUAUUUUCCCCACAGAGCUCUCGGGAGAGAGUAGCUUUUACGAACUUCCAGAGGGCAUCUUGGUGUCGGAACUUCCAGAAAAUAAUCUGUUUUAUGAUCAGUCAACACUUGUCGCAGACAAUGUCUUUAUCAACAAUCGAGAGCCAAUAUCGUCCGCUUUAAUUGCAGAGCUUCCAUGCGUUGAUGGUGAUCAACAUGGUUCUAAACCCCCACGGCACAUUGAAUCUAAAGAGUCUUUUUCAAGUGCUGGCCAUUGCCUAUCAGAUAAUCUUGGGUUUGAUAGCUCUUCAGAAGUUGAAAUCAUCGACACAAAUGCUGAGAUACCAAACCAGGUGAAUGCAUCGUAUCUAUCACCAGACUCUUCGAUUUCCAUGCCUCUCUCUCACACAUUUCGAAGAUCAAUGUGCCAUGCGAUUCGAACGAACGUGAAUAGUUUCAGUGGUAAUUUUAAUGACAAUCAAUAUCAAGGGCGCCUAUUCGAAGAUUCACCUCGGCUUUCAUCGCCAGAUACUGCCAGUACGGAUGCUAGCGGCGAAACAUUUCCAAGCGAUUCGGGUUAUGCCUCCAGAGCCCCCAAAUCCAACUGUACAUCUGCAACCAGCCCGAGAAGUGUAUUUCCAGGAGACGAGCACUUAAUGUUUGAGAAUACAACUUUCAGAAAAGCUGCGCAGCUAUCAGAAUUUGGCCACGAAGGGUGCUUGAACCAAAGUUGCGGUCUGCAAUCAAACCAAUCAAAUAGUUUAAACUGGCCUGGCCUUGUGAGUUCUCAGUCUGAGCUUAAUGGUUACAGAGAUCAGCACAUACAAGCUUCACGAUUUUCUGAUUUCAAAGGAAAUCCUUUCGAGCUCAGGGGGAUGGAAGUUGUUGAUAAUUCUACAGCCGCAUAUAUUGCACAAAGUGUCGCAGACAUUGAUCGAACAUUUCCAAGCCACUUUUCCGCCGCCGAUGCUUCCCAGUACCUAAGAUUCCCAAUCCAAUACGAAGCUGAGCUCUGGGGAAAUAUCAUACCCAGAGCGGACAAGCAUGCGAUGACCGGCGCUGCUACUCUGACGCUAGCCAUGGGCGCUGAGAAUCAAUAUGCUCCGAGCCCCUUUGAAACUUACGAAAAUGAGCGUACAUUUCCGUGGUCUGCGGAAGACUUACAAGGAUUUUAUCAGAAUUUCGCAACCAUACCCGAGGUCCAAUUGCCAAAAGAAAAGGAAGAGGAAGAGGAAGAAGAAGACGAUGCAAAGAUAUUCACUUACGAUACUUCAUCUCCGAAAUCUGACAAAAAGGUCAUCAAGUGCUCUUACCCAGACUGUGACUAUGAACCGGGCGGAAAAGACCAAUGGAAAGUAGGCAACUUAAGACGACAUAAGAAAGAAAAGCACAAGAUGAACCUUAAGAAUCGGAUCGUUUGCAAAAUAAUGGACUGCAAAACAACAUUUACAAGAGUAGGAAACCGCGAUGCACAUCUAGAAAACAUUCAUGGUGCUGUCAUUCUCAGACAAAAGAGGAAUCGAAGAAAUUCAAUGAUGGAAAAUACCAAGAAGCCAUCAGACAGUAGCAGAAUUGCAAAAGCACCACAGAAAAUCGGCGGAUUUACAAAUAGGCCUAAGCAAAAUCGAUCACAAUCAGUUCCUGGACCUUUGAACAACACUGAAUUUUGAGGAUAUCUCUUGACGAGGCGUUUUCUUUUUCAAUUUCCUUUGACAGGAACUUACACGUGGGGGGUUUUUUCGGAAUGGUCACCAAGGUACUUGUUGGCAUGGAGGAGCAAAAGAGCCGGUUUCUUCAAUGGGCGGCAAUCUUCAAAGAAGGGCCCGCGUGGUUUAAUGAGUAUUUAUCUUUCAUCCGGAUCUGAGAUACGGUCGAGUUGCUCUUUUAUCUCGAAUUCUUGUGCUAAUGAGCAUUGAGGAUCUUUGUCCCUUCUAUUUUAUCAUCAAGCUGGUUUAUCGUUUAUUGGGCGGGUCCAAUGGAUCAAUGAAAUUCUUUUUUAAUAACUUAACCUUAUCAGCUAGCA